GCAGCAGUGUGGUUUUCUAGAUGGCAACAGAGGAGAGGGAGAUCAUGGAAGCCCGGGGGGCCGGAGAAAGCUGCCAGACCUUCCCCAAGAUGGUGCUUGGUGACUCCAUGUCUGAAGGGAAGCCAAGGGCUUCUUUGGAGGCACAGUCCCCGAAGCCAGACUCCUCCUAUGACCACUUGGAGGAAAUGGAAACUUGUGAGGACGGAGGCUACACAGGGCCACCCAAGUCGCUGUCCCCCGCGGCCGGCCCCACCACCAAGGGCCAGGCGGGUGACGGACCGGAACUCCCGGAGUGGCUUCUGACCCCAGGGAUAGAACACAACCCUGAGAUGGAGCUGGAGAAGAUGCGCAUGGAGUUCGAGCUCACGCGGCUCCGGUACCUGCACGAGGAGAAUGAGCGGCAGCGGCAGCACGAGGAGGUGAUGGAGCAGCUGCAGGUGCCGGCGGCCUCACAGCGCCUGCCUAGUGUCGCCAGCUCCACCGUCUUCUCUCCCCCACAGUUCUCGGGAGGCUUCCAGGACCUCCUGCUGCCCCAGAACCAGUUUACCAUGUUCCUGUACUGCUUCAUCUUUAUUCACAUAAUCUAUGUCACCAAGGAGAUGGUCUUCUUUCUCUUCUCCAAGCACUACCUGUUCUGCAUUGCGGCUAUUUUGCUCUGUCUGAUUAAAACCUUCUGGAGCCUUUGUAAGGUCCUGGGGCAGAAGCAGGCCUUGGCGGACAGCCACCAGGAAGCCAAGCAGAAAGUGCUGAGCAAGGGGGGCCUCCAUGCAGCAGCUGGGGGCAGGACAGGGUUUCAGGAGCUUCCCUCCACCCCAGCAAGGGCCAGUGCCAGACACUCACUGCCCUGGGACAGCUCCUCUCUGAGCACCAUCUCCACCUUCAGCCCUGGCAACACCAGAGUGGCUAAUAGUGUAGCUACAUGGGACCACCCUGUGGCUGGGGCCCACAGUGAGUCCACGAGCUCAAUCAGUGCUAAAGGAAAAAUGAAUGACCAUGAAUGA